AUGUUUCAGUUGCACGGAGAGAAUUACCAUUUAAUGGGCAGCAUGAUUCCACAACCUGGAGAUUAUGCAAAAUUCUAUCAGAUGUAUAUUGUUGACAUGGAGAAUGAGAUCGAAAAUAGGCUCACUUUCCUCAGCAAGGCUAAAAAUGCACAAGAAUCAACUAAGAAGAACCGACUACGGAAGGAAAUCAUUGAAUUGUUCGUCAAGGUCUUAGAUGAGCACAACCCGUACGUGAAGACAUUUCGGUCUGCAAGAGAGAGAUUCAACACUGACCCUGAGCACAGUUUUCACAUGAGGAUUAUAAGUGAUCGUGUUACUGAUGGAAGAACUUACAACACUCCUACGGCUUCUGAGGUUGCUGCAAUCAUUCCCGGAGAUUUCAAUUUUGACAUGGGGAAGAACCGUGAUAUAAUCCUACAAAAACAAUCCGGAAAGCUGAGGCGUAUUAGCGAGAUUCAUCCGUCGUAUAUCCCACUACAAUAUCCUACGUGUUUCGUUUAUGGAGAAGAUGGUUUCAGGCUUGGAAUUAAGAAAGCAGAUUCAGUUUACGGGAAAAAAAAUAAGAAGGAAAACAUCUCUGUUAGACAGUUUUUUGCUUUCCGUCUAUUUGAAAGAACAAAAGAGUCUAACCAUCUCUUACACUCGAGGAGGCUGUUUCAGCAGUACUUGGUCGAUACCUACACCAUGAUUGAGACUAACAGGCUUACCUAUCUGCGGAUGAACCAGACAAGCUUGAGAUCAGACAGUUAUGACUCAAUCAAACAAGCUGAAGACGCAGGUGUCAUUGAAAUGGAGGAACAAGGUAAUAAGUUUUACUUGCAUGCGUCUUUCACUGGAGGACCAAGGUAUAUGAGGGAGUUAUAUUUCGAUGCGAUGGCGAUAUGCAGACAUUAUGGUUUCCCGGAUUUGUUCAUCACAUUUACAUGCAAUCCUAAAUGGCCAGAACUAACCCGAGAGCUUGAUGGUACAAAUCUGAAACCUACGGAUAGAGCUGAACUCAUCUGCAGGCUGUAUCAUAUAAAACUAGCGUCACUCAUGGAAGACUUGACGGAUAAUGGACUCCUAGGCCAAACAGUUGCGUCAAUGUAUACAAUAGAAUUUCAAAAACGAGGACUGCCACAUGCUCACAUUCUUCUGUUUAUGCAUCAGAAGUGCAAGUUUCCAACUACGGAUGAUAUCGAUAAGAUUAUAUCAGCAGAGAUACCAGAUAAGGUGGAGGAGCCAGAACUAUAUGAAGUUGUGAAGGAUAUGAUGAUUCACGGUCCUUGCGGUAAUAGAGAACCAAGAUAA